ACAUCAUAUACAAAAUGACGGGAUUCUCAAGUGUAUUCCUAAGCAUUCUUUUUUGUAUUUUCUUCCCAUACGUUGUCUAUUCGGCCAGUUCUACAAAAUUCAAUUUCUCUGGAACAAUCACAUGUAAUGCCACCAUGAAAGAUUCAUUUGUCGAGAAGCUGCAAGUAUGGGAACAUGAUAAAGCAACACCAAAUGAUAUGAUAGGAGAGGUAGCACAAUUUAUUAAAGACAAAUCUGGUUUCUUUUAUAAAGUUGACGCAGAAGACAAUGGGGAUGGACUAUUUGAUAAUGAUUAUGAAAUUUACUUCACUAUCUAUCACAAUUGUACAGAAAAACGAACUGGAGAUGAUGUGACUGUUUAUGUUAAGGAUUUCCUUGUGAUUGAUGGAGCCUACAAUCACACAAUGGAUAUCAAUUUGAGUGACUUGACAAAACACUAAAGGAAAAACUAAAUAUGUGUUAAUAGAUUGACUGAAAAUAUUAGCAUCUAUGUUUAAUAAAACAAUUUUGUUACCCA